GCGGGCGCCGGACCCCCAGGCGGAGCGACAGGUCUCGGGCCCUCAGGCGGAGCGGCGGGCGCCGGACCCCCAGGCGGAGCGACAGGUCUCGGGCCCUCAGGCGGAGCGGCGGGCGCCGGACCCCCAGGCGGAACGACAGGUCUCAGGCCCCCAGGCGGGGCGGCGGGGGCACCGAGUCACCAGGCACAGCCCGGGCACCGCGUCAUCUGGCAAGGCAGUGGGCUCCGAGUCAACUGGUAUGACCGCGGGCACUGGGUCAGACAUUGGAUCGUCUGGCUGGACACAGCGGGCACUGGGUCACCAGGCAUCAGGUCAUUUGGCUCGACAGCGGGCACCGCGUCAUCUGGCAAGGCAGUGGGCUCCGAGUCAACAGGCACGACAGUGAGCACCGGGUCAUCAGGUACCGGAUUGUCUGGCUCGACAGCGGGCAUCGGGUCACCAGGCAUCAGGUCAUUUGGCUCGACAGCGGGCACCGGAUCAGGUACCGGAUCAUCUGGAUCAACAGCGGGGCAUCGAGUCAACUGGCCUAAUAGGAUCGUCAGGCUGGAUCAGUUCAUCAUGCUGGGUAGAGGCAUCAGG